GCGAAACCCCCGACAAAUCACAGUAAUGUGUCGCUACUCUGUAGUGACUAACUAGCGAGUCGUCAACUCUCAUCUUCUCCUCUAAUUUCCCCAUUUCCGAUUUCUCCCUCAAAAUCAUUUCUUCAGAUUACGAAACUUAUUCCUCUGAAUCCCCAUGGAAUCCUUAUCAAACCACCCCAACUUCAUCUUCCUCCUCUGUUUCCUCUUCUCCGCCGCCGCCGCUUCAUCUCCAUUUUUCCCGGCCGGAGCUCUCCCGACCAAAUCCGGCUAUCUUCCGGUCAGCCCCGCCUCCGAAUCGGCCGUCUACUUCGCCUUCUACGAAGCCCAAGCCCCAAUUUCCCCUCUCCCCAAAACCCCUCUUCUAAUCUGGCUCCAGGGCGGCCCCGGCUGCUCCUCCAUGAUCGGCAACUUCUUCGAGCUCGGCCCAUGGCGCCUCAAUUUCCACAAGAAAGAAUCCGACCCACUUCUCCUCCAGCCAAAUCCCGCCUCCUGGAACCGCCGAUUCGGCCUCCUCUUCCUCGACAACCCCAUCGGCACCGGCUUCAGCAUCGCCGCAGCCGCAGACGAGAUCCCCAGAGACCAAUACUCUGUUUCCAAACAUCUUUUUGCUGCUAUUUCUGCGUUUCUCGAGCUGGAUUCGGGGUUUAGGAACCGACCAAUUUACAUUACGGGGGAGAGCUACGCGGGAAAAUAUGUGCCCUCCAUUGGGUAUUACAUUCUGAAGAAGAACCCCAAAUUGGCUGCUGCUAAGAGGGUGGCUCUGGCUGGAGUCGCCAUUGGAGAUGGCCUCACUGACCCUGCCACUCAAGUUGCUACUCAUGCCUUGAAUGCUUUCUAUUCUGGGUUUGUUAAUGAGAGGCAGAAGAAGGAGCUGGAGAUUGCUCAAACGGAAGCUGUGGAGUUGACUAAAAUGGGGAAUUGGAGUGAGGCCACCAGUGCCAGGAUUAGGGUCUUGGAUUUGCUGCAGAAUAUGACAGGUUUGGCCACUCUCUACGACUAUACAAGAAAAGCUCCCUACAACGACGAAUUGGUGGCCGAGUUUUUGAACUCCAAGGGGGUAAAGAAGGCAAUGGGAGUGAAUGAAUCACUAGUUUUUGAAGAAUGCAGUGAUGUUGUGGGGGAGAUUCUUCAUGAAGAUGUGAUGAAGAGUGUGAGGUACAAAGUGGACUUUUUGGUGAAGAAGACCAAAGUUUUGCUCUAUCAAGGGCAGUUUGAUUUGAGAGAUGGUGUGGUCUCAACUGAGGCUUGGGUGAAGAAGCUAAAAUGGGAAGAGAUUGAGAGUUUUUUGGAGGCAGAAAGAAAGAUUUGGAGAGUCAACAAUGGAGAAGUUGCUGGUUAUGUUCAGAAAUGGAAGAGUUUGAGCAAUGUUGUGGUUUUGGGAGCUGGUCAUCUUCUUCCCACUGAUAAGGCUUUGAAUUCUCAAGCAAUGAUUGAGGAUUGGGUUUUGGAGAAGGGAGCUUUUAGUGAUGAUAAAGGUGAAGAGAAGAGGCAUUUUGGUUCUGAUUUUGGGGUUUGGAAUAUUUGAGAGUUUGUACAAGAAACUAUCUUUGAUUUAUUGUAUUCGGGUUCACGAUGCGAUCAGGUUUGAGGUUUUAAAUGUCGGUGUCGAUGAAAAUAUCGAGGUUUCAAUUUUAUGGAAAUGUGAAUAUAAAUAUCGA